AUGGACACUUGGUGUUUAAAUAUCGCAUCCAGGAAGUCUCUGCUGGUGACACCAGAUGGAGGGGUCCCGGGACUGCCCACCUGGUACAAGACGCCAACUCAUGCUUUAGUUCAACUCGACGCCCACAAGUGUAUUCUGGAGCUGGGAUCACAGGUUCAUAAGAAAUACAUGGACAAUACUGUGAUCGAAGUUAGGCAGGCUGUGGAGGAAGUGCGAGCAACAAUGUUAUAUUGGGCCAAAAAGGAGAAAGAAGAGGCAGUGAAAGUAGCUUUGGUUCAGGCUGCAAAUGAAAGGAAAAAAGAGAUUGAAGUGUUAAAGAAGAUACACAUGGAUGAAACGAACAAAGCAAUACGAAAAACAGAGGCUAAAAUGCAAUGGAAACAAGAGCAGAUGGUGAGCAAGGAACAUGAAGUUGGAAAACAACGAUUAGCGCAUGAAAUCCAGCUGAUGCUUCAGAAGUGUGAAAUUGAAAAAGAAAAGGCUGUAGCUGAAGCCAUAGAAAAAGAAAAGCAACUUGCAUCCCAUACUCUUGAUCAAGUGGUAACAAAGAUAAAAACUGAUGCUGAAACACAAAGUCAAUCCAUUCUACAAGAAAUUUUGGAGAUCCAAAAAGCAGAAUAUGAAGAGAAGAUCAUGAGUGAAGUUGCUAAAGCUCGUGCUGAAGAAAAGGCACAAGCUAUGGAACCCAUCCGCAUCCUACAAAGUAGACAUCAGUCUGAAAUAGACAUGUUGAAAAGAUUGCUGUGUGAGAAAGAGGUUGACCUCAAAGACGUUUACAAUAAAGUGGAAACCAUGACCAUCUUGGAAUUAGAGCUAGAGACUGAGCUACGAAACACAAGGGCAGCUUUUCAAGAGUACAUUAAUCUUACCUACUCAAAUUUAGCUCCUGGGCAGGCAGAUUUCAUUCUUCCACCUCGACAAAUGUGCAAAGAUUCACUUACGACCGACAAACCCCAAAAAGCUCAAAAACGUCCCGAAGAGAAAUAA